ACCUAAACUCACUUAAAAAUACUAAAAUAUCGUAUCAGACCCGAUCCAAACCCGUCGCAUCUCGGUCUGGCCAAUGAGCAGGCUAGUGACUGGCCGGUGAUCACCCUCACCCAUUGGGUACUCCUUAAUCCGUCUCCCAAGACCCAUUGGGUCUUAUUACAAAUCGCUUUCAUGUUUCAGGUUUUCAACCCCACAUUCCGCCUAAUCAACCGGUGACAGGACAUGCUGCUGGAUCAGUGAGCUCCAUAACCCCUACCCUUAUUCAGGCCCCUCUCGGGGUAACCUUGCUUACAGGUUAGUGAUUACAGCACAAAAAACAGAAACAGGUGGAUGUACAAUAAUAAAUCUAUAAAGGGAGUGAAACAAAAUGCUAGCUCGCAUUGUUUCUCUAACAAGCAGACCAGUUCCUUUUUUUCGCUCCUUCAGGUACAGGACAACUGAUACAUCAAAUUGCACAACUAGAGAAAUGGGUUUUGAAGAUUUGCAUUCAGAUGUUAAAAAAUGUGUGCAUCUUCGGUUGUGCAAUGUUUCGGGUUGUAUGACUGAGAUACUGGAAAUUCAUGCUGAUCAUCCUUCAUUUCAUGUGGUGUUUGUUCCUGGAAAUCCUGGUAUUAUUACCUUUUACAAGGAAUUCGUGGAAUCAUUGUUUGAGUUGCUCGGAGGAACUGCAUCUGUAUCAGCUGUUGGGUCUGCAGGUCAGACAGAAAAGAACUGGGAUCAUGGGAACUUGUAUUCUUUGCAAGAACAAAUUGAUCACAAGAUUGAGUUCAUCAGAGUGCAAAAUAUUGAAGUCCCUUUAGUUCUAGUAGGGCACUCUAUCGGUUCAUAUAUAUCACUUGAAAUGCUAAGGAGGCUUCCAAAGAAGGCGGAAUAUUGCAUUGGACUUUACCCAUUUUUAGCCUUAAAUCUGCAAUCAAAGAAACAGUCUACCAUUGUGAAGAUUGCGAUGUCCAGAGUACUGUCCACUACGCUUAGUUUUCUUGUAGCAUCAUUGGGCUUGUUACCCAGACAGGUUUUGAGGUUAAUUUUCAAACUUUCUUUUGGAAAGUCAUGGUCUAAUACUGCCCUUGAAGCUGCUUGCUCUCACUUAGCACAGUAUCAUACUAUGCGCAAUAUGCUAUUUAUGGCCAUGACAGAGUUCAGAAAGCUUUCAGAAACACCGGAUUGGGAAUUUAUGACAGAAAACCAGGAUAAAAUUACAUUCUUGUAUGGCAUUGAUGAUCACUGGGGUCCAUUACAAAUGUUCGAAGAGAUCUCUAAGCAGGCCUCAGGCAUUGCUCUAUCAAUUGAAAGGGAGGGCCACACUCAUAGUUUUUGUUGUACAGAGGCUGGCUCAGUAUGGGUUGCUCACCAUGUUGCUAGCUUGAUAAAGAACAAAUUAGCAAAUUCAUGUCGUGAGCUUGAGCCCAUGGCUUGUUGGCUUCUGAGUUAGGUCAGAGCUUAUUACACGGUUUGCUGUACCUAGUGUGGAGGUACUUCUGCUCAAACUUGUCUAAAUUCAAUUACAUUCGUCAGACUUAUCCAUAUGGGAAAUGAUUAAGUUGAACAUUUUGUAGGUUUUUUGUUUUUUCUUAUAUUUGGAAAAUUACAUCUGAAUACCAUAUAGACUUGGGGUGUCUGAUUUGCAUGUGAUAUGGGUAGAUUAGGAUAAGUUGAAGAGCUGGGUACCAUAGCCUUUUAUUAUCCCUACUGCUAUGCAGUCUUUAAUGCUU